AUGCAUGCCUUUUUGCCUCUGAUAGGGGCUCUGUGCAUUUUAGGAGCAAAUAGCUUUGUCUCAGGAAGCAAGAGAAGCUUUUCAGAGCAAGUCCGGCACAGGGUGAGAAGAGAACCUGGCGCUCCACCCCCCAUCGAUUGCUUGCUGGGCCAAUGGAGUGAAUGGGGACCGUGUAAUCCAUGCGGCAAUGAAAAAUAUCGCUCAAGAAGUGUCCUGAAGUAUGGACAGUUUGGAGGAGAGCGGUGUAUGCAGUCUCUGGGUGAAAAACAGAGAUGCGUAGCAGACCAAGUUUGCCCUGAAGGAGAGACUGACUGUGGAAAGGACUUCACGUGUGCCAAUGGAUUCUGCAUCAAACAAAGACUGAUGUGUAAUACAGAAGAUGACUGUGGAGAUUUCUCUGAUGAAGAUAACUGUGAGGACAUCAAUCCCCGCCCGCCCUGUCGUGAUCGCUUUAUUGACGUUUCAGAAAUUGGAAGGAAAGCUGGCCGUGGCAUUAACAUUCUAGGAAUGCAACCAAAGGAUACCCCAUUUUACAAUGAGUUUUAUAAUGGUCUCUGCAAUCGGGAACGUGAUGGGAAUUCGGGCACCUAUUAUCGUAAGCCAUGGAAUGUUGCAGUUCUCAAUUAUGAAACAAAAGGAGACAAAAGUUUCUCAAAUGAGAAUUAUGAAAACCAGGUGACUGCAGUGAGAGAGAUGUACGCAGAGAGACAUCAGCAUUUUCAGGCUAGCUUUUCUCUGAAACUCACCCCGACUGAGACUGAUGACAACACAUCAACAGACGCCAAUGCAGACUUCAGUUUUUUCGAAAACACGAGCAUCUCUCACUUCUUGAAAGAGUCCAAUGGAAAAGACCAACACUUUCUCCAUGUAAAAGGAACCAUAGAACUGGGAAAUUUCAUAAUGCGAAGCCGUGACAUCCGGCUGACUGAGACGUUCCUUGAUGAUUUAAAAUAUCUGCCCAGCGAUUAUGACAUGGGAGAAUAUUUUAAAUUUCUGGAAACACACGGGACUCAUUAUGCACGAACGGGAACGGUCGGAGGAAAGUAUGAACUACUGUAUGUGCUGGACAAACAGAGUAUGAAAACGAAAGGAGUCAGUGCAGAGGAUGUAAAAGCCUGCCUGGGAUAUAGUGCAAAGUUGAGUUCUACUUCCACAGGUUUUGAUUUGAAUACUGAAGUUAAAGGCGGUGAUUGUAAACAAGCAACCAUUAAAAAACUGGGCAACUCAACUAGAGGAGCCAUUAUCCACAAUGUGAUCUCUCGAAUUCAAGGAGGGACAACUGUUGUUUUAGAACGGCUGAAGGAAAUGUUAUCGGUGAAAGACAAGACAGUUGACAUAGAGGACUACAUACAGUGGGCUGCAACCAUCCCCGAGGCCCCAGCUGUCAUCGAAUAUGAACCGCAUCCAAUCUCUGAACUUGUACCUCUGAAGCUGCACAAUUCCUAUGUAAAGAAACAAAAUCUGGACCGAGCAGUGGAGGACUACGUAGCUGAAUACGACGUGUGCAAAUGCCAGCCCUGCCAAAAUGGAGGGACCGUAGUACUGGUGAAUGGAGAGUGUAUUUGUGGAUGCACUCCCUAUUUUAAAGGAGUGGCCUGCCAGAUACCCAAAUCAGAGUUUGAACCAGGACAGGGAGGCACUAACGGAGGCUGGAGCUGUUGGUCUAGCUGGUCCCCGUGUGUGAGAGGAGAACGUACGCGGACAAGAGCAUGCAAUAACCCUGCACCUGAAUCGGGGGGCCAGCCGUGUGCAGGCGCUGCCUUAGAAACAGGCUACUGUGCCGAGACAAUCAGAUAA